CUGCGCGCUUGAGUUUCCUGUCCCCGGAAUUUUAGGCGCGUGGAGUAGGAGGUGCCCGGCGUGCUCUCGCUCUCUCUAAACAUGCGGCCCGGUUUUUCCCCUCGCGGAGGACGUGGGGACCGUGGAGGGCGUGGAGGCUUCCGAGGAGGACGAGGAGGUGGAUUUAGAUCUCCUGGAGGUGGACGAGGAGGUGGUGGAGGUGGCUUCCGAGGUGGACGAGGAGGUGGUGGUGGCGGCUUCCGAGGUGGAAGAGGAGGUGGUGGUGGAAGAGGAGGAGGUGGCUUCCGAGGUGGACGGGGUGGCUUCAAAGGAGGCAAAAGGGUGACUAUAGAACCCCACAGGCAUGAAGGCAUCUUCAUCUGCAGAGGAAAAGAAGAUGCAUUAGUCACACUAAAUCUGGUACCCGGAGAAUCAGUAUACGGAGAGAAGAGAAUAUCAGUAGAGGAGGGUGAAACCAAAGUGGAAUACCGUGCCUGGAACCCCUUUCGUUCUAAGUUGGCUGCUGCCAUCCUCGGAGGCAUUGAUCAGAUUCAUAUCAAGCCAGGAGCAAAAGUGUUAUACUUGGGAGCAGCUUCAGGAACAACAGUGUCUCAUGUCUCCGACAUAGUGGGAUCGGAAGGGCUUGUGUAUGCUGUGGAGUUCUCCCAUCGCUCAGGUCGUGAUCUCAUCAAUGUAGCAAAAAAACGGACCAACAUCAUUCCUGUCAUUGAAGAUGCACGACACCCACACAAAUAUCGCAUGUUGAUUGGCAUGGUAGAUGUCAUUUUCGCAGAUGUAGCUCAGCCUGAUCAGUCACGUAUUGUUGCCUUAAAUGCACACAACUUUUUGAAGAACGGUGGUCAUUUUGUUAUCUCCAUCAAAGCCAACUGUAUUGAUUCAACAGCGGCCCCUGAAGCAGUUUUUGCAUCAGAAGUAAAAAAAAUGCAGCAGGAAAACAUGAAACCCCAGGAACAACUGACUUUGGAGCCAUAUGAGCGAGAUCAUGCUGUGGUGGUUGGCAUAUACAGGCCACCACCUAAACCGAAGAAGCAAAACACAUAAAAAUAAUUGAUGCCUGUUGCUAUAAGGGCAAAAGGACUUUUCGUACUUCUUUUUAUGUCAGGAUUCUUGCUACUGCCUGGGACUCAACAGUCUAAGAUGCUAUAUUGCAUCUAUGUUCCGUGGCAUUCUGAAAUGUGUACAUUUUUUAUUAAAAUAAGUAAUAUAGAGACCUGCUAGAUUGUUUGUAGUUUUGAGAGCGAGGCAAAACUUGCAAAAAUUAACAAAACAGACUGGUUCAAGGAAUGCUAGCCUUACUCUUUCAUUCAUUAACUGUGCUUACCUCCUGCCCAAUCUCUGCAUCCACCAUUUUAAAAUAAUGUAUAUGUGAAGUAUUAAAAACACUUUCCAUCAUAAAACAAUAUUAAACAAAGUAGAUUAGUGAAAUGUGUAUAGAGUGUUGGCAGUUAGAUGCUAAGGUGAUUUAUUUCCAUUUUGAUUUUUGGUUGACCAUUUUCAGAUUUGCUUAUUUUUGCUUCCCAAGUCUGUUUCGACUCUUGGCAGCUGCAUGGGCUCCCUGCAGUGUUUGUGGCAAUGUUGUUUAGAAGUGCCUUGCCAUUGUCUUCUUCCUGAGACAGAGAGACUGACUGGCCCAAAAUCACCCAAGCUGCUUCAUGUCUGAGGCAGAAGAAUUCAUGAUCUCUUGCUUUCUAGCUGGAUGCCUUUUUAAUACCAAACUGCCUCUCAUCUCCAAUUUUAAAGCCUUGCCAAAAAUAUAAAAAUAAAAUCCCAGUGCCUUGGAUUCAGGAACAGUUCAGAUUAACAUUUAAAUUGAUAACAAGGUGGGGAAGAAAGCCAAAUUGGAAUGUAGGAGGAACUGUUAUACUGUAAAAGCCUUACAAAAGUAUCUCCUUUUUUUUAAGUGACUUAUAUAGACUUUUUCUCAGAUUUAUGGGAAUUACAAAUCAUAUCUCUGGGUCCUUGCUGAUUAUUGUUAAGUUUUAACAGAUUUUCAGGGCUGAUGUGGUAGAUACUGUACAGUGUAUAUGAUAGCUGUUUGACAAUUCAUAUUUCGAAACAUUUACUAUCUUAAGAGGAAAGAAACCUGAAAUCUGGAUUCUAGGGUUUCUGUAAUAAACUAACAAAGUGAGCAAAACCUCAGUU